AUGACGCUCGGCGCCCGCAGAGAACUCGAGAAUGUCUUCAACACUGUCCUCAAGCGUUGCGUCCAGUGCGAAACCAACGGCGCCCAGCUGUCCUGCGAUGGCAUGAACUGCUCCGGCGGCAAGAUCUGCGUGCAGACACCGCAGAGCUGCGACGUCUGCGCCCAGGUCUCCUGCGAAAUCGACCCCACCAGCCCAGCGAGCGAGCGCAGCCAGCCCAACGUCGGCGCCAUUGCUGGUGGAGUGAUUGGAGGUAUCGCCGUCAUCGCUAUUCUCGUGUUCGUGGUGUGGAAGUACUGUCUCAAGGGAAAGAGGCGGCCGAUAUCAGAAAUGGAGUGGCAGCAGGACGAGUUGGAGCAGCAAGAGAAGGCCGAGAACGACUUCGCAUCUCGCCGAAGCGCGCGAGCGUCUACACACACCGUCGCCUCCGUCGCCUCGUCCGUCCUCACCCGCGCCUCCAACAUCAUCCAGAUUGCCUACAUCCCCGGCGUCACAAACCGCUCAGGGCCCGGCUCGCCCGACCUGCUCGUCCCUCCCGUCCCGCCCAUUCCUGCCAUGUCUCCCUCGUCGGGCAUGAGCAGCCCAUACUCCAAUGCCGAUCAGCACUUCUUCGUCCCCGACUUCCGCGAUUCCAUGGCCUCGGACAGCACCGGUGGACGUCAAAGCAUUGCUCCCAGUCUUGCCCGCAACAGUGUUGCCUCCACCAUGUACCGCCAGAACGCCAUCGUAUCUCCGCUGCCGGCCCAGACCAUUGUGCGCGGAAAGGCUGCUGUCGUCAGUGUCAAGUCGAACGGCUCCAACACCCCCGAGGAUGCCCUGAGCAUGAUGAGCACACCUCCUGUACCGCAAAUCGACCCCAAGCACGCUCACCAAGUCAAGCCCAUCCGCAUCCAGAUGCCUGGGCUCAGCUCCAAGAGCUCUGUCCAGAGCACAGCAACACUGGGACCCGUCCGCGCAUUGAACAUCACAAAGAAGAGGAGCUCCGACACCACCCUGCCCAAGAGCUCAUCGAGCUCCUUUACCAGUGGAGAGAGGACGGCAGUGGCAACACCCGAAGCGCUCGUCCCUUCCGCACGACCCCUCACAGGCUACUCGGUAGCCUCCACCGACUCGGGCGUUUCGCACGCACGCGCUCGCCAGGCGGUCAGCCUUGCAGACUCGGACGAGGAAUCGGACGAGGAAGAGGACCACCAACGCUCUCGCCAGAGCCUGCUGCGCAACUCGUUGAGUUCGCGCGACUCGGGCGUGACUGAGAUUCAAGACGCCACGCCUACAGGCCUGGUUGACAUUCGAAGCCCUUUCAGUGACAACUCAGCCGUCGACAGGCUUGACCGACCGGCGAUAGGCUCGCGCAUUACAUCCUACGACACCGACCGUUCGCGCAUGCCCAUGACACCCAUCGUUGAGGAGUCCGAGCGACGAGCGAGCGCAAUGUCGAAGCGGGACCAGAGCCCCUUUGCCGACAACUUCAGGAGUGAUUUGAAGUGA